CUCUCCCUGGGCCUGCUUCCCGCGCCCAAGCUCGGGGCGACGUGCCCACCCUGGGCGAGCAGCCUGAGGCUGGAUCUCGAGGAUGCCAGCUUCCUAGCGGACGCUCAGGCGUGGAGAUUUCAUUCACAGGUGUUCCCCCACUUACGCAGACGGCGAUGACCCCCAAGCCGGCCGGACCCCCGGACGGGGGCUGGGGCUGGGUGGUGGCGGCCUCAACCUUCGCCGUGAACGGGCUUUCCUACGGGCUCUUACGUUGUCUGGGCCUUGCCCUUCCUGACUUCGCGGAGCACUUUGAACGAAGCGCCCAGGACACUGCGUGGGUCAGCGCCCUGGCCUUGGCCGUGCAGCAGGCAGCCAGCCCAGUGGGCAGCGCUCUGAGCACACGCUGGGGGGCGCGCCCCGUGGUGAUGAUCGGGGGCGUUCUUACCUCGCUCGGCUUCUUCUUCUCGGCUUUCGCCCAAAGCCUGCUGCACCUCUACCUCGGCCUGGGCCUCCUCGCUGGCUCCGGCUGGGCCCUGGUGUUCGCCCCUGCCCUCGGUACCCUCUCCCGUUACUUCUCCCGCCGUCGGGUCUUGGCGGUGGGGCUGGCACUCACCGGUAACGGGGCCUCCUCUCUAGUCCUGGCGCCCGCCUUGCAGCUCCUCCUUGAUACUUUCGGCUGGCGGGGCGCCCUGCUCCUCCUUGGCGCUGUCACCCUCCAUCUCACCCCCUGUGGCGCCCUGCUGCGACCCCUAGCCCUUAUUGGUGACCCCCCGGCCCCACCCCGCAGCCCCCUAGCUGCCCUUGGCCUGGGUCUCUUCAAGCGCCGGGCCUUUUCAAUCUUUGCUCUCGGAACAGCCCUGAUUGGGGGCGGGUACUUCGUUCCCUACGUGCACUUGGCCCCUCACGCUUUAGACCGGGGUCUGGGGGGGUACGGGGCAGCGCUGGUGGUGGCUGUCGCUGCGGUGGGGGAUGCGUGCGCCCGACUGGUCAGUGGGUGGCUGGCAGACCAGGGCUGGGUUCCCCUUCCGCGGCUGCUGGCCGUGUUCGGGGCUCUGACAGGGCUGGGGCUGCUGGCAGUGGGACUAGUGCCCGCGGUGGAGAGCGAGGAGGGCUGGGGGGGCCCCCUGUUGGCAGUGGCUGGUGCCUACGGACUGAGCGCCGGGAGUUACGCCCCUUUGGUUUUCGGUGUGCUUCCGGGGCUGGUGGGCAUUGGAGGUGUGGUGCAGGCCACUGGGCUGGUGAUGAUGCUGAUGAGCCUCGGGGGACUUCUGGGCCCUCCCCUGUCAGGUAAGGGCCGAUUCAGCAGAUUCACUCACAAUCAUCGUAUGCCUCUAGGGUGCCAGGCCUUUAAAUUCGUUUACCCCUCCCCUCAGGCUUCCUAAGGGAUGAGACAGGAAAUUUCAGUGCCUCUUUCCUGGUGUGCGGCUCUUUCAUCCUCUUUGGCAGCUUCAUCUACAUGGGGCUUCCCAGAGCUCUCCCCUCCUGCCGUCCAGCCUCACGUCCAUCUACCCCUCCCCCUGAGAGGGGGGAGCUGCUCCCAGUUCCCCAGGUUGUGCUGCUCUCCCCAGGAGGCCUUGACUCCACUAGGGAUACCACUUGUUGAUCAUUUUCAUGUUUGAGCCUCUCCCCUAAUAAAGAAUUUUUAUCUGAUUUUCCUGAAA